AUGCCCAGUUCUGCUGCAUAUGGAAACAAAAUCAUUAUUGGAAUCGAUGAUCUGACACAGAGCAUGUCCAAAAAGAAAAUACCUCAGUUUGUCAGUGAUGAGAUCUGUGAAUAUUCUGACACCGAUAUCCAGUCACCAAUUAUUGCAGGUUUUAAGCGUUUCCAGUGUUCUUGCUGUGGCAAAAAGUUCAGGAGAUUCAGUCACAUGAAAACGCACGAAGAAACAGUUCAUAAGACAAAUAUACCUGUAUGUCAACAACACACUGGAAUUAGUGAUGGGAUUCAAAACCAGUGGUCACACAAUAUGACACCAUUGUCAGGUGGCAAGUCUAUUGGUGCAAACAUUUCUAGUUCGUCACCAGACGUGUCUGAUAAGAAACCUAUCCGUGAAGCAAGAUUGAGCUGUACAACUGGGUCUAACAUGUCUGAAUUAUCCACAGUGGAGAUGCAUUAUCUACCAACAAUUGUCAACUCUCAAGAUCUUAAUUGUGGGUUAUCACCUGUCAACAGUACUUCUUCUGCAAUGGAUGUUCCUUACAUUCAAGAAGAAGUCACCAUUGCAAUGGAUGUACUUGCUCAAGAGAAUAUCACCAUGGCGACAUACAGUGAAAAUCACAUUCCAAUACCUAAAUCAACUACUGGACACAAGUCUCCAACAGGUUUGACUAUAUCGCCUGGAAAAUCAAAUGGUAUAGAGGCACAAGAAAUUCUUUUGGAAUUUAUCACAUCUUUAUACACAAAGAAUAAACAAUAUGAUUCUGCCACUGCUUUGUGUGAUAGCAAUCCUCUCAAUGAUGUUUCAUUUGGUAUCCCAGCAACAGCAGUUCCAAAUGGAGUUAAACCAACUGUUAUUAAUUUUACUGAUGGAUACAAGAUGCCAACAAAUUUAGUGAAUAGUCCAGCUAGCUCUUGGGAAAUAGAAAAUACAGGUGUAAGCCAGAUUGACACCGAACCAUUCAGCAACCAGAUAGAGUCAGACAGAAAUCAAGUAUCACCAAUACGCUCAGAGGAGGUUCCUGUCGUAUUGAGUCCAGCAUCCACCUACAGCCAAACAUUUUCAGGAUCUCUUUCAACAGGAAUCUUACAGCCACCAAAUUUCAACUCAUCACCAGAAAUCCCAGCAUUCUAUGAAGUACAAAAGACGCAUGAUGAUUUACAAUCAGUCCAGCAGUCCAGUAUGGAUAGCUCAGUUAAAAAAAAGAAAAAACUACAUUGUAAACAUUGUAGUAAAAGAUUUCGCUCUGCACGAGCUUGUCGUGCCCAUGAACACACACACAGAAGAAAGACAAAUGUAACUGAUGAAAAAGUAAUCAACUAUCUUUCCACUGGGUCUAUAAAAAAGAAAGUCCAGACAUUAGGAGUAAACAACAAACCAGUUAGGUCAUCUCGCAGAAGAGGUAAGAUCCGCAAACGAUGCCCUCCAAGUUGUCGUUGUACGGAAAGUGAUAUUAUAAUAAUCAGCUCUGAUUCUGAUAGCAGCCAAGAUAAGGAACUAGAAGUUACAAGUGAUGCAGUGCAGCUGACAACAGUAUGUGGGGCCUCUUCUAACACAGCGUUUGUACCAGAUUUGUUAACGGAAGAUGAGAAAGUUUCAGAGAGUAUUUACAGCAGUGCUUUGGUAUGGCACACUGAUUAUGAUGAGAAAAUGGAUGAUGAACAAUUGUGUGAAUAUUUGUCUGAUGUGUUUGAUUGUCAGUUUCCCCACAAAGAAAUAAAUGAAAUGUAUGAUGAUGAUAUGCAACCAUUAAAUUGCGAUUCCUUAUUUGAAAGAUACGUAAAAGAUGAAUGGCUUGACUGGGAAGUACAGUUGUUUGAAGAAGCCAUGGUGAAAUAUGGUAAAGAAUUCAACAAAGUUUCAAACUGGAUUAAAUCAAGAUCAGUCAAGGAAUGUGUUAGUUUCUACUAUAAAUGGAAAGGGAAGUUGUCAGAAUAUCACAAAUCUCAUGAGGUCAGAAAUAGAAAUUCUGAAUAUCUUUCAGUCAAACAAAGGAAGAAAGAGAAGAGAGAUCAGAAGCGAGAAAAGGAAAGGAAGAAAAAGUUUCCAGGGAUAAUAAUUGAACGAAAGGAAGAGACCCCAAGAAUGAAACUAUCUAAAGCUGAACUAGACGAGGCAAUGCGAAAAGCCAAGAUAUAUCAGCAACUCUAUGUUUACGGAUCAUACGAUGACGCUAUGGAAGAAAAUGUUGAUAAUGUCCACCGUGAAAAGAAUGCAAAGAAACGUGCAUUUGAAGAAACUGAAGAAAAGGACCUGAAAAAAGUGAAAUUACUUGAUAAUGAAGUCUUGUAAACUGGUUAAAAAGCGCAAGCAUGCAAGCUACUUCAUAAAUUGGAAUUGAAGUGUCUGAUUGGCCAAUUGGUCUGACAACUUAAUUGAAGAUACUUUCAAUAUUCCGUU